GCCGAGAGAAAGGCGAAGUGAAGGCGGAGUGAGGCAGUGAGGAGCACGGCCACGGCACCAGCGGCACCAGCGGCAGCAGCAGCAGCAGCAGCAGCAGCAACAGCACCGCGGGAGGGCGAGCACACCGGCGAAUCUGCGCGCAGCCUGGACCCUAUCACCCCCGCCAGGGACACUCCAAGGAAACCUCCGCCGAGAAGCAGCUGGAAUGAAGGGGAGGGGGCAAGCACUCUGAGAAAACUACCGUGAGGGAUUUUUUUUACUCGGAGCCAGCGUCACGGCAGCAGCUUUCACCCAGAGGAAACUGCUGUGUACCUAAAACUCCAGAGUUCAGAAAGUGAAGGGGAAAAAUGUGCGAGGCGGGGGGGUCUACCAGAUGAAGAUGCGUCGCUGAUGUCUUGAGCUGAGGGCCCCCUGAUAUCUCUCUCCACAUCACUUCUUCACUUUUGGUUCGCUUGCUCCACAGUCCCCCAGAGCUCCAACAACAGCAGCAGACCCUUCACCUCUCCUCCUUCACCUCCUCCACCUCUCCUCCCCGCUCCCCUCCGCCCCCGCCCGGCCGCCAUCAUGACAUCGGAGCUGGAGAGUAGCCUGACCUCCAUGGACUGGCUUCCCCAGCUGACAAUGCAAGCGGCCAUCCGGAAAGCAGACGCCCAGAACGCCCACGGCCCGGGCAUGGGUAAGAAGAGCGCCCUGCUGGAUCCCAACACCACGCUGGACCAGGAGGAAGUCCAGCAACACAAGGAUGGCAAACCUCCGUACAGCUACGCCAGCCUCAUCACCUUUGCCAUCAAUAGCUCGCCAAAGAAGAAGAUGACCCUGAGCGAGAUCUACCAGUGGAUCUGCGAUAACUUCCCGUACUACAGGGAGGCAGGCAGCGGCUGGAAGAACUCGAUACGGCACAAUCUGUCACUGAACAAGUGUUUUCUCAAAGUGCCUCGCUCCAAAGACGACCCUGGAAAGGGUUCUUACUGGGCCAUUGACACCAACCCAAAAGAAGACUCUCUGCCCACACGACCCAAGAAGAGGCCGCGCUCCGGAGAACGAGCCUCCACUCCGUACAGCCUGGAGUCGGACUCUUUGGGGAUGGAGUGUAUGAUCUCUGGAAGUGCCUCUCCAACGCUGGCAAUCAACAGUGUGACUAACAAGGUGACGCUGUACAACACCGACCAGGAGGGCAGUGACAGUCCCAGGAGCAGCCUUAACAACAGCCUCUCAGACCAGAGCCUGGCCUCAGUCAACCUCAACAGUGUGAGCAGUGUGCACAGCUAUACACCGGUGAGCAGUCACCCAGAGCCCGUGUCCCAGCCCCUGUGUCCCAGCCUGCAGCAGCCCCCUCAGUCCCAGUACAACAUGCCCGAGAGAGACAAGCAGCUCCUCUUCUCCGACUUCGAAGAUCUCAGUGCCUCCUUCCGCAGCCUAUACAAGUCUGUCUUUGAGCAGUCCUUCAGCCAACAAGGUCUCAUGGGCCUCCCGUCAGACUCGUCUCAGCAGACGCACACGUCCUGCUCCUAUCAGCACUCCCCCAGCGGCACCAUCAGCUCCCCGAACAACCUCCCCAACAACCAACCCAACAACCACCCCAACCACCAGCACCCAGCCAGCGUGCCCCUGUCCCACCCAUCACAGGCCCACCCGGGACACGCCUCCCCUCACCCACAGCACCUCCCUCAGCACUCUGGCCCUCACAACCACAACCAACACAAUCAACACAAUCAACACAACCAACACAGUCAACACAACCAACACAGUCAACACAAUCAACAUAACCAACACAAUCAACACAACCAACACAACCAACACAACCAUGGGCACCAGGCACACCCACAGCACCCUCAGCACACAGGGCACCCACAGCAGCACCCAUCCCAUGGACAGCACCCACCACAGCACACGCCGCACCCAUCACAACACGCCCAACACGGACAGCACCCACAGGGCCAUGGAGCGCAGCACCCGAGCCUGUCCCACCCAACCCACCCAGCCCAGCCGCAGAUGGCCUGCAACACAGGUAUUUUGUCGGACUGGUACCCAAAUCUGGAUGCACUGAAAGAAAGCUGUCGCAUCGCUAGCAGCUACAACUGGGCUGACGUUGACCUUUCACCCUUCCAAGGUCUGAGGGAGAGUAUGAGACAAGCGGAGUUGAAUAACUGGUCUCUGGAGCCCACACAAAUCGCGGAUCUCUGCUCGUCUAUCAACCAGUUCUUCGCCCGUACCGGAGUUAUCCAGCCACAGGGGGCAGUGCAGUCUCCCACCUGCCACGGCCCCAUGCACCCCACCAAACCCAGCCAACACCUCAACACAGGUAAUCUCUACAUGGACUCGAGACAGGGUAUGACCAUGAUGGGCCCCCCUGGAUACCCCCACAUGCCCCCCAUGAGCAGUGCAGGCCCUACAAUGACAGGACACCAUGCACAGAUGAACCAGCAGCACAUGAUCCCGAGCAGAAACUUCCAGAUCCACCGCAUGCCAGCCGAUGACAUCCAGGACGACUUCGACUGGGACUCCAUUGUCUAACACAGGGCCCAACGCUGGCCAAAACAAACGCAUAAUAAACGAGCGAUGCCAGGAGGACCCCACAGCUGCGCUCAGCUCCCGACGGAAGAGGGAAUGUGACGCAGGACCAUGAUCGGACUACGCUUUGGAGACACGUAGACUCAAGACUGUGACUUUUUUCAAACACAUACCUAGGAGAUGUUACUUUUGAAGACAAUCAUACUAGUCGGACAUGUCUUGAUCGCUUGUACUCGUCCCGGGACAUGUUAAGACCACAUUGAACCACCCAGCUCCUCGGCCGGCCCUGUCCUGUCACUAGCCAGCAGCCCUCCACAUAUCUCAGCUCUCCUCCCUCUCUCACCGCUCCGUAACUGUCUGUGAUUUGAGCGAAAACGUGUUCCGCUUGUAACUUCUCGUGUUGACAUUGGCCUCCGCUGCCUCUGUUUUUUAAAAAGAUGUUUUGUUUGUUUUUAUUUUAUUUUAGGAAACACAGGCCGUCUCUGUGAGUAAUGUGAUGGUGCUUGUUGGUCACUUUUGGGGGGGAAAGGUGGAUUUGGCGUAUUUUAAAGGUUUACAAUUUAGUCUUGAUGUUUAAAAAAGGAAAUGGAAUAGCACAAUUAGCUUGGGCACGAUUUUGAAUGGUGAGUGUGUGUGAGAAUAGUGUCUUUUUAAUGGUUUUAUUAUCAAGCUAUCUUUUUUAUUUUACUUUGUAGUCCAGUUAAUAUAGUUUCAGAUCAUUUAAAUGUGCCUACAGCAAUUUCAACAGCAUUGCCCAGUUUAUUUGUCUUGUAUGCAGAGUGGGAACUUGCACAUGCUGGCCACUUUAUUAGGUACACUGGUGUGGCUCAUCUCAUACUGCGCUCUUCUAUACACCUCCCUCAGAUUUUUGUAAAGGUUCACUGUGUAACAUUUCUGGUGGGGGGUCCAUUAACUGUUUGUCUUCGAUAUUAUUGCUUUGUCUUGCAUUCUUGCUGUGAGAGGAGUCGCCGCUCCACAGAUGAGACCUGGUACCAUAGAAAUGGGCAAGUCUAAAUCUAAGUUGUAGAACAUACCAGGCAAGGCAAUGGUAUCUCCAAAGAGAAAACUAAAUGGCAAACUCUCAGAAAUGUUACAUAGUGAAUCUUUACUAUCAUUUUAUCCAGACAUUUUCUCUUUUGUUUGAAAGUCUCUCAAACUUUCCUAUUUUGGUAUACAAUGCUCUGUGUUUUGUUUCAGCUGAACAGCACAUGUAAAAUGAAACAAAAUGCAAACACACGUAGAGCUCCACACAAAUAACCAGUGACUACUGCUAUCAGAGGUGGGUAGAGGUGGGUAGCCAAUUAUUUUACUCAAUAAUAAAUAAUAUUAUACAAGUAGAAGUGCAAAGUUGUGUUCCAAGAAAAUACUUAAGUGUUAAAAAGUAUGUCAUUUGAAGGAAAACACAUGAAACGCUGCACAAAAAAAGGAUAGACCACAACAAUACUCUAAUACGAGUAACAGUGGUGUGUGAAAACUACUGAGAACUGCAGUUAUAUUAAAGUUAUAUCAUGUUAAAUAAAAGUACUUUAAAUAAACACAUUACCCACCUCUGAUUGCAAUAUAUAAUUUACAGUGAAGGCUUACACGGUCCAUGAUUACAUAAUAUUUAAUGUAUAAGUUGUAUGUUUGUUUAUCAUCUACAAACUCCUGCCCGCUCUAUACAUACAUGGGUAAUUUUGGCUCUUAUCACCAUGUUCCAAGUGACUCAUUAUCUAGAAGUGUGUGUGCUGGAUGAACAUACAGUGUGUGUUUGUGUGUGUGUGUUUUGUAAUCUUAGGGCUAAGAUUGAUUGCUGUAAUCAUCUGUAUGCUAUCGACGAGCACAAAAGCAGAUGCACACACUGAUUGAAUGGAGAUUUGAGAUGUCCGUUUGCGAGAGAGGACAGCCUUGGGGACUAUGACAAUAUAUGAGACACUAUGUUUUAAAAGCCUUUUGCACAUUUAACCUUUUGUUUAUGUUUGAGCAGAUUGGAAGUGCUCCUCGUGUAUUUUCCAUAUGCAGUAGUCAUUCGCAGCUACAGUGGCUCCCUCUGCUGGUAACUGAGCCACUGUCUGCCGCUGAGUGUAGAGUUUUAGCUAGCCACCAACAUAAUUCAUAUACUUAGAUGACAAUCACACAAUUUAUAAUUUUUUAUGUGUUUUAAAUUUUUUUUUUGAGAAGGCACUUUCAAUUCAGCUGUUUAUUGGAAAUUAUCGUAACAUUGAGGGGUGCCUUGUUUUUAACCUUUGUUUUCAUAGUUUACUUAAAGACCCUUAGUGAAACUGCCACAUGUAACCAAGCAAUCAUUCUGUUUUAUAAUGUUUCUUGUUUUUUUUUUUUGUUUUUUUGUUUUUUUUGAGGGGGGGGGUUAUGAGUAUCAAGUGUCAUUGGGCAAAGAUCACAAAACCUGUGGAUCUCAACAAUGUUUUGUUUACGCUGCCAUGGAUGUAACUCCUCUUGUGCUUAGCUUUAGUGCUUGAGUAACAGGGUUUAGUAAUUUGUAUCAAAGUCAACUGCGCUUUUUGUCAAGAGUGAACUACUUUUGAGUGAGUGUGAGCCAAAAAUUUGCAAUAUAAUGUAUGUGUCACAUCCAGGAGGCACAGUGAAUAUAAUCUAUAAUAUAAUCUGGCUAAUAUGUUAACUAAAUAUUUUUGCUUUGAAAAUAUUUACAUUUUUCGGGGAUUUCAAUACGUGCAAACUGCAAAACCUUACAGUUAAACUAUUUACUGCCCAUCCCUGUGUCUUAUGUAAAAGGCUGAGUGUAUUUCAGUUAUUCCCGGUAAAGAUUCUGUUCUGUAACCAUAAACCGUUUGUAAACUUGAGCAAUUUUAACUAAACCUUCCAAGCAGAGCAAAAUGACAAGUUAAAAGGGAAAACAGUUAAGGCAACGACUGGAUUACAAUCACAACGUUGUGUCUGUGUGUGUAUACGUGUAUAUGUGUGCGUGUUUGUGAGUAUGUCUGCUUGUGUGAAUUCCUGUUAGAAGAUUUCAAUGAACACAAACCUGCCAGAGAGAUUACCAAUCCUGGGGUACAGAUGAAUACAGAUAAAAAAUGUUUGAAAAAGCCUUGUUACAAUAUGGGGAGAACUGCCAACAAGUACUGCUGAUGGAGGCCUGUGGUAUUCAGUGCUGGUGUGUUGGUGCUUGUACAUAAAUGUCUUUUCAAUCAUCCAUUUUGUCCUCUUGGGGGUGGGGUCUAUGGCCGGAAGGGGUGUGGCCUCUUCACCGCAGAAAAGGAGGGAAAAAGAAUAGAGUAUUUUGUUAUUGUCCAAUCAGAGGGUGACAGUUUGUAUAUAUCUAUAUUGUAUAUAUGUGAUGAAAAUGCUUUUGUGUGACACUACCUUUUACCUGUACUAUGGUUCAACAUUCAGUGUUUCAGUGUUGCUAAUAUAUAUUUGGUUUGUGUUUUUAUUUUUUGAUUUUGUCUCUUGUCAUUUCUUGUAUUUUUUUCCUCCUUUUGUCCCUUUUUUGUUCAUUGCACGGUUUAUUACUUUGGUCGUCCAAUGAGGUGACACAGCUAACUACUCUUUGUAUUUGUUUAGUGCUGUAAAAUAACUCAAGUGUUAUUAGACUUGUUGAUACCACCGCCCGCCCCACCCCCUUCCCCCAAUAUGCAUGAAUGGCACUUAAAGAAAUAAAAUAUGGUAACUUCACUGUGGACAAA